GUGGCAGGGGAUGGGGGAGGGGUGGUGGUGAUGGCCAUUCGCGGGGGUUCAUGAGCGAGGGACGAGGGCGGCAUGGCAGGGGAGACAUUGGGUCUUUCCAUCCUGAAAGGGCAGGUUGGCAUAGGGGUGGCCGCCAUCCCGGGGGUUUCCCAAACGACAACCCCUUCAUGCACCAUGUUGGGCAUAUUGGUGCACACGGUGCACUAGACCCACAGCACCAGCUGCCCAUGCCUCCACAGCAGCAUCACAUGGAUGACGGGCAUGUGCCUGGUUUCCACGGCCACCAGGCAAUGCAAGGAGAUGGUCCUGCCAUGUCAGACUCGGGACAUCUUGGGCAGCAUCCGGGCAGCGGGCCGCACCGCGGCCGAGGACGUGGCUGGGGCCGUGGUGGCUCAGGCAGCGGCGGUCUGCAACCGUUCAGGCGGGGCCAGGCGGGGCUGGAUCCUGCAGUGCUGGAGCGUCGCCGCAAGAGCACAGCAGCCAUCAUUGCCCGCCAGCUUGCCCAUGUGCAUGUGUCAGAGAGCCUGGCAGGCCAAAAGGGAUUCCUUCAUUACCAGCGAUCCUCAUCAGCCUUGGACGAUCCCCCAGAAGCAGCUACAAGGAAAGGGUUGCCAGAAGAGGAGGUGAUAAAGCAUUGUCUCAUGUACUCAGCUGUUGCUUCCGAAGAGAAUGUGAGCUCUGGCGUGCGCGCACAUGAUCCUCUGGAUGCAUUUGAGCUCUGCCUUGAUGACUACACGAUGAGCGCCGAUGCAGAGGAGUACUCAAGAACACCAGGGAUGUCGGUCGCUCUGCAAACAUCCAAGUUUGGUACUUUCCUGGCGCCAAGGGUAUGGGAAUUUUAGUGAGGUCCAUGCACGUGUACAAUAAGUAGGAGAGAGUGCAGACAGUGUAAAUGGCAUUGAAGUG